AUGCGAUUCCUGCUCCCCAAGUCCAUACUUCUCGCUCUCACAACUCACUCGGCUACCGCCUACAAGCCAUGGAACGGCACAAUCCCCGAUUCCGUUAACGAAGAAUGCCGCCAAGUUCUCUCAACAGACGUUGACUGCCCUUUCGUCGUCGGUCGACAGUGGGUGAAUGACGGGUAUCACUUGAAAGAACAAGUAGUAGAAUCAUACUGCUCAUCAUCAUGCCGCUCUUCUCUUCGGCAAUAUGUUUCUGAUCUCACGAUGGCCUGCUACAAUGAAGACAUUUGGGAAGAGAGUCCAGGGCCACAAGCAGCCCUAGAUUUCGCCAUGUCAAUGGCAGAGACACAUGUGUUUCUUUGUGUUGCCGAUGAGGAAGGCCCUUGCCUCGCAGCGUUUUAUAAAGGGGAACGGGAUCUAUGCUCGGAAUGCGGACUCAAGGUGGCGUAUCUGAGCGCUAUGUUCGAGUUUAAGAAGCCUCUAAAAAUCGGCCCCAAUAAGUACAUGUGUUUGCAGGAAAAUUGUGCAAAAGAGCCAGAUAGCUUCCUGUCUAAAGAUAAUGGAAAGGCUACGCUAGAUAGGUUCUUCAAGGAGUUAAUAUGA